AUGACAAAAGAUACCCAACAAAUUGAAAUGACAAAAGAUACCCAACAUAUUAAAACAACAAAAGAUACACAAUGUAUUGAGAAUAUUGAAAUGACAAAAGAUAAGACUACUAAUAUUUUCAAGUUUCAUAAUUCUGGAGAUGUUAAAAUUAUAUUUAAUAACAA